UUUUCUCCUUAAGGAAUAACUGUGACACCUGAUGAAGAAAAAAACUUGAAUCAUUAUGUACAAGUUUUACAGAAUCUACAACUAAGGGUUCCCACUAGGGCGCCAGGCCAAGAGAAAAUAUCAGUGUCUCCAAAUAACAUUUAUUCUAUGAGACAGACGACUUCAAAUAACAUUUAUUCUAUGAGACAGAAGACUUCAAAUAACGUUAAUUCUGUGAGACCGAAGUCUUCAAAUAACGUUUAUUCUAUGAGACCAAAGGUAUCACAGUUUAAAGAGUUAAUUUCACAUGAUAAAGUUUCAACUGAGAAUGAUGUUUUAAGUGACCCUAUCAGUGAUAAAGCUACACGUUUCCCUACUAAAGACUUCCAACCUGAAAUAAGGAGGAACAAACAUACUAAAAAUACACCAUUCUGGUCGAUUAAACCAAAUAAUAUUUCUGUUAUUUUAAGUUCAAAAGUACCUUAUAUUGACAGAGAGCCACAGCCACAGCCAGAGCCAGAGCCAGAGUCAGAGGAGUCACAAACUGAGACAUCAAUGUUUUGGCCAAAUGUUACUGAAUUACCUCCAAGUUCUUCCAGGAUGAGCACUGACUGGGAUACCUCCACAGAACUAGAAGAUGUUCCUCAGCUAUCAGGGGAAUAUGAAAUACCAAUAUAUGAAAGUCAUCCACUAAUUUUGAGUGACGAAGAAAUUUUGGAUAAAAUAUCAGAUAUUCGUUCGGAAGCACAACACGUACCUCUUGUUGAGAGCCUCAAGCCAGAAUAUAGAGAGGACAUUCAAGCCUCUAAAGAGAACCUAAAACGAAGCCUUGCUUUAGCAGAAGCAGCAGAACACAGAUUACAAAAAAUGUAUAGAUCCCAGUUAUUACCAGUAGGACGCAGCAGUUUUCUAAGUGAUGACAUUGAAACUGUUAUUAACACGCUGUAUAACUCUAGAUCUAAGUUAUCUCAAUAUUUAGAUAUUAAAUAUGCUCCAAUAGAUAUGAGACAGAAAGCUAUUACAGUAAUACGUAUAUUGAAAAACAGAUUAUGUACAAAUCGACUAGAAUCUCAAAACCUUAUUAGGCAGUUAUUAAACAAUAAUAUAAAAAUUUUAAACCUACUUGAUGUUCCAUAACAAAGGUGAUCUAAGAAAACUGGGCAUUCAUUAACAGGAGAAAUAAGCGUACUAGUAAUUCAAAAGUUAUAUAAAAUAUUUUCUAUUGUAGUUCAGUGUGCUCACAUCUUUACAUAUCAUAUGUUAUGAACAUUUUUCAUAUGCACUAAUAUGCCUAAAAUUUUAAAAUAAAAGUUUGGU